AAUUGGCUAUCGAAAUUACUCAAUCGUGAGUUAACGUCAGUUUUGAUCAGUUCUCCUUUAACGACGGACCUGUGUGCUAUUUAAUUUGGAGAUGGACUCCAUUCCUAAAAAUUCACUGUUAGAAUUCAAUCCAGAUACUCUUGAAUACGUACGUAAGAAGUGUAAUUUACAUCAGCCCGGUCGAAUGCAAGAAGCCAUUAAAAUAUUGGACGAAUGGACGAAAAAGCAAACACAUUUCAAAAACAAAAAUUUUGAUCCAUAUUAUUUAGAGACCACAAUUAUCGCCUGUAAGGGGUCAAUGGAAAGAGCUAAAACACAAAUUGACAGCAUCUGCACGUUUAGAACGUUACUACCGACAUUCUUUAGAAGAGUUAACGUGAAACAUGAUCUUGGAAAUCUUAAUGACAUUGUAAAACCAGUCAUAUUACCGAAAUUGACGCUGGAUCAUAAUCGGGUGUUUCUGGUCAAAUUCUAUGGAGGGGCAUUUGAGGCUUCACAGUAUAUGGAUUAUUAUAUUUUUUGCACUAUCAUUGCAGAAUAUUUAAAAGUGCACGAUUAUUUAAAUGGCUUUGUAGUAUUUACGGACUUCACUGAAAUUAAUUUAAUGGAUUUUGUUACAAAAUUAAAUCCAAUCGAACUUCGUCAAGCAUUAACUAUAUUCAUGCAAGGAUUUGGUAUGAAAUUAAAAGGUAUUCAUAUUGCGACUUCGUCGAAAUUUAUUGAUGUUUUGAUUACAAUAUUAAAGCAGAUCUUAAGUGAAAAAUUAAUCAAACGCAUUUCCAUACACAAAACUAUAGAUACCGUAUACGAACAUAUACCAAAGAAUAUUUUACCCUCUGAUUUUGGUGGGGAAGAACGAAGUGUAAAGGAACUUCAUGAAUCAUGGGUUGAACUACUUAGCUCAAAUGAGCAUCUGGCAUAUUUAGAUGGGCAGCGUGAAACAAGAACCGAUGAGACUCUCCGACAGUCACAAGUUUUUAAUGAACAAUACGCUGGAAUGCCAGGAACGUUUAGAACACUUACGGUAGACUAAUUAAAUACAUAUGUACAUACAUACAUUGUUUUAAAAAUGUUUAUACAAGUAUUACUUGGUAU